AGGAAAGGGCGGGAUCUCGUCCAGCGCCUGACAGUUGCAGUGGCUCCUACUUCUAUCCGAUUCCCAGCUCGGGAAGGCGAGUGGGACCCGGCAGGCGGCGGGCUAGGGAUGAACGCGUACUGGGACCGGUGAGCGAGCGCGUCAUUGAUGGCCGAGGAAGCCGUCACCUGGGUCUGGCCGAACCGGCCCCCGCAGGCCCGGCGGCGGCGGCGGCUGCUUCUGCUGCUGCUGCCCGGGAGGCGGUGGGGGACCUACGGCGGCAGCUGUUUCCGGAGCCUCCGCGGGUUGUCGGCCUCCCCGGCGGGUUUCCGAGGUCUGCCCCCUAGCUCCUCGAUAGGCCUCGGCGGCCUGUCGCGCGCCUCCCCGCUGCUGUUCCUCUUUCUCUUGCCCUCCCCUCGGCUCGCGGCUGCGGCGACCCCGCGCCAUCACCUUGGAGACUGGGAGCGCUCACGCCGGAGGCCUCGGGACACGGCCGGGAGCCGGAGCCCUGCGGAGGAGCCCGGCGCCCACGCGCCUCCUCGCCUGCCGCCGCCGGCCCCCGCCACCGCCCUGGGGCAGCCCCUCUCGGGCACGGGGCUGGGCUCCGCCGGCCAGUCGCUGCGGUGCAAGUCGUGCCUCGUCCCCAGCGUCGCCGGCCCCCUUCACCCGCGCAGCUUCCCGCUGUUGGCUCCUGCGAGGAGAGAUCUGAGCAUUUCGGCUGGGUCACAAAAAGAAGAAAAGAAGUUAUCUCUUUUCCCCUCUUCAGGGAGUAAGAAGCUCUAUUUUGACACCCAUGCUGUGGUGCUUCUUCUGGAGGAAAAGGGAUUUAGCACUCAACAAGCAGAAAUCAUUGUCUCUGCAUUAGUGAAGAUCAUGAACAACAACAUGGAGAUUGUCGGCCAGGAUAUGGUCACCAAGGUGCAUCAGGAGAUCACUGUACAGCAGAUAAUGUCUCAGAUUGCUGGUGUCAAAAAGGAUAUGAUCAUUUUAGAAAAGAGUGAAUUUUCAACCCUCAGAGCAGAAAAUGAGAAAUUAAUACUUGAACUCCACCAGUUAAAACAGCGAAUGAUGGAUGAAAUACUUAAAGUCCGGGCAGAUAAUAAAUUGGAUUUCAAUCUAGAAAAGAGCAGAGUAAAAGAAUUGUAUGCAUUGAAUGAAAGGAAGCUACUUGAAGUGAGAUCUGAAGUAUUAACAUUGCAGGCACAACAACUCCGGGCUCUUACUCAGACAGACAGAAAAAUAGACACUGAAGUUGCUGGCCUGAAAACCAUGCUUGAAUCACACAAGCUUGACAAUAUUAAAUAUUUAGCAGGUUCUAUAUUUACGUGUCUAACUGUAGCUCUGGGAUUUUAUCGUCUAUGGAUUUAAGUGCCUCCUUAAAAGAACCUGUAUUGUCUUGCCUUAAGAAUAUGAGGUUAUUACUUUUUUCUUGUUUCAAAUUUUAAUCCUGAUUUUGAUUUUAUUUAUGUUUUUAAAUGCAAAUUAUGAUAUAUAACCAACUUUAAAGUGUCAAGAAAUCCAUUUUGUGGCUCUUUAUCUUUUUGAUAUCCUUUGAUCUCACCAAUAUAUUUGUGAGGAAGAUACCACUGGCUGAAGUACUGAAGAACCCACUUACCUUGACCAGGGUGAUGAUCACCUCUGGUAUACUUAUUCUUUAAGGAAUUUACUAUUACAAAGUUAUGGUGUCUUUAUGAGUGACAAAGAAUCACAGACUAAUCCAAGACCACAAAAAUUUCUUUCCCUCUUGACCCAAGCUUCUAACAUCAAAUAGCUAGUGCAUCACACUAGUUUUCAGUGCAUUUUGUUGAAACCUGGGUUGAUUGCUGUGUUCACUGAACAACCUAAAUUAUUGUAGUAUUUGCUGUUUGUGACGUCCAGCCAGAAAAUCAUGUUGCCUGAUAAAGUGUGUUGGCAUAGUAAGGAAUCACUUCUUCUACUUCUUGAAAUAUUCUGGGGUUUUCUUUUUUUCCUCUUUCCCUGUCUAUCAAUGGAGUGACUGGGGUACUAAUACUCUGUCAUUUUCUAGUGACCUUGAAAACUUGCUAAUGACAAACAUGACAAUGUUGUAUUUCAGUUUUGUGUGACAGUCUAUUUCUUCAGGACUCAUCCACUUUGUACAAUGGAGAUAUUUGGUCUUGUUUCCAUGAUGGCAUAUGCACUCCUAUCUCAAUAGAUAUAAAACUGAUCAUUUGAGGAUUUUGUUCUCAUCUAUCACUAACUCAGUCUUGGGCUCUUAAGCCCAGAGACUCUUCCUACCCAAAUAUCAUCUUAGCGCAGACAUGUCAUCUAUUUUAGUCUGCCUCUUCAUUAAUGAUUAAAAAAAAAAACCCACCUUAAGUUUUGAAAUGUACUUCUGAUUGUAUCAUUUUUUUCAAGGGUGUAUGUAGUUUUUCUUUUUAUAAGAACAUUAGAGAAUUUUCUGUAUCCAAUUCAGCCAAAGUUUUAGUUUUAGAAAACAUUUUCUUCUCAUCUCAGUUUUAAUUCUUUGUGUACAGAAUAAGCAUUUUAAUUUGAAGUGAAUUUUUAUAUUCAUGUAACAGUUCAGUACAAGUGCCAUGAUUAGGUAAAAAAAAGUUAAGAGACUUAGAUUAUUAGCUAUGUGUUGGAAUUUUGCAUGUAAUAUAAUCAAUGAUAGUUCCUAAUUGUUAGAGUACAAUUAGUAUGGCCUUUCCAGAACAGAAUUGGGUUGUAGAAAAAUCCUAAGACUGCCCCCCUCCAAAUAAACAUCAAAGCCCAAUUUUCUCUUCCCUUCUCCUCUCCUCCAACCCUGGAUUUAUUUGUGGCAUUAGCAACCAAGUGACACUAUAAUAAUUUAACAUAUUUGUCAAAUACAUUAAAUUUCAAUACUCAUUAUUAAAUCUAAUAUUUAAUGUUGCUUUCUUCUGGUUGAGUGAAACAUCUUUAUUUUUUUUUCCCCUUUUGGAAGACUUUCCAGAAAGGAUUGAAUAUUCAACAAAUGCAGCUAUAAUUGACCAAAUCUGCUGUCCCAGCUAAUGAGUUUUUCUUUUAAUACACAAUCAAAAAUUCCUUGUUGUUAUUUAGUCUUUAUAGCUUCUUGGUGGAGAGAAGAAGGAUGUCUGUCAAAUCAUAUAUAUUAGAGCACAGCUGAUUGACAUUCCUCUUACUUAUAAAAAUGUAAUUUUUGAUAAGAUUUUUUAAUUCAUUUAUUUCUUGCUUUACUGUCAAUACAAGAUAAUUUGCAAGAACUUUUCCAUCCUAAUUUGGAACCUUCUUAUUCCAAUUUUUUUUUUCUACUAGGUGUUUUGCCCCUACAUCUGAGGAUUAGGAAGGAUUGGAAUAUUUUUCAUCCAUUAUUUCAUUUUUAAGCACUUUCUAGCCAAAAUGCCCUGCAAAAUAUUUUGUACUGUAAGCUCAGGAAGCUAGGCUGUGUAAAUGUACUGCUACCGAACAGGACAGAACCCUGUCCUGUGUAGAAAAAAAUGGGUUGUCAUAAUUUCAGAGAAUGAGGAUGGGAAGGUGGCAGGUAGGGAACGAUAGAGUCAUAUUGUAGCAUCUCUAAGCUGCAGCUUUUGGUCUGUCCACAUAAAAAAUCUUGCUCUGAUUAGAUGUUGAAAAUAAACUCCUAGAAAACAGUAGCAUAGAUGGUCUCUAGUAUCAGGGGUACAAUGUAAAACCAAACACCUAAAACGGACAUCAGUUAAACAGUCAGGUUUUGCUUCCUUUUUGAUGUGGGACGUGUUUGUAGACACUUCAGUCUUUAUUGGGGUGGGGGUGGGAGGGAUGCUUUCCCAGUCAUGCCUUUAAAAAUAGAGAUAUAGCCAAGGCAGCCAAAAACCAUUCCUUGCUCUUCUAAUCCUCUGCUAAUGUGUCACCUGUUGGUAUAUUUUGUAGUAUUUCUCCUUUGGAAGCAGUGUUUCAGUUUAAAUUACUGUGCUCUUUUUAUUAUCACAGCUGGGUUUCUACUUUAAUAUCUAGUAAAGGAGUUUGAAUGUAUCCAUUGUUUCCCUCAAGUGUUUUAAAUGCCUCUUUUGAGAAACAGCAAGUCAGAGGAGAGGGAUUUUACUGAAACUAAAAGAGUGGUUGGAAUCUGGCAUUGAAGAUUGAAUAAAAGUAAAAUCCUCAAUGAGCACUAGUGAAUAUCUCCAACUUUAACCUGGCUGCUCCCUCCUAUUACUACUAAUGACAUUCUUUGCUGCUUGUUUCUAUACUUUGAUAAUUUCAAAAAUCUGUUACUUCAUUGCUCUGAGCUCACACUCCACCAAUGACAUAAAUGAACAUUUCUUAUCUAAAAUUUGUAUCUCACCUAGCACAGUACUCUAUAUGCAGCAGGUGCUUAAUAAAUGUCAGUUGAAUUUAGUUUUGUCAUGAUGUAUAGCAUAUAUCUUCCUCAGUUUUCUAAUCUCCUUUUUCCCCAGCACUUCUGCUUCAUAAUUAACCUCGUCAGUAUUGACAAGCACCUCCAUUAUUAUUCCUUUGAGUCACAUGGAACUCUGUUAUAAGGAUUUCUGUCAUCUUAUUUUUAAAACAUCUAAAAUAUUCUACUGAGGACUCCCUGGAGUUAGGUCUUAGAUUGAUCUAGCCUUUAAAUAAUUUAACACAAAAGUUUCUUGGUGAUACCAGAACAAAAGUAUAUUUUUGGAAACAACUCUUUCAUCAUGUAUAUAAAUGUCUGAGAAUAUUUGGGGUCUCCUAUAUGUAUGCUAUUUGAAACAAAUUAUCUUUUUCCAUUUCUAAAUCAUUUCUUAACUAUAUUAUUCAGUGAUGUUUAAUUAAAUUUAAAUAUAUAAAUUUAACUAUAUAAAGAGGGAAAACAGCCUUUGUAAUAGAGGGCAUGAAAUAUUUUUAAUAUUUAAAAUAAAAUACAUUGAGAGCA